AUGGCUGCAAAUAUGGGGGGCACACGGCCAUGCGCUGCUGCCUCGCACUUUGAGGUUGAGAAGUUCGUGAAAGAAGUGUUGCGACGGACGCCGCGGCACAGCCAAGGCUGCCAUGAACGCUUGCGUAUUGCAGCCCUUGUAGGGCAGCCCAUGACCAGCUUUGCAUUGUUUCGAUUGCGCCUGGGACGCCUCUUGCAUACCAGCGCUGCAGAAAGCAUGAUCUUGCUCCUGGUCACCUUGGAGCUUCUCACCUCCUUCAUCGAAGCAGGGGUCGAGUCUAGAUUCCUCUGCUUAUUUUCUCAGGAGGCUCCGGACCUCGUUCAUGGCUUCGCAUGCGAAGGCGCGCACGCCGAGCGCACCGCUGCAGUUUUGGAGGCCUUUGGAAGCCUGUCCUGUGUUAUCGUCUGUGUCUUCGCGCUGGAGAUGGUCCUCAAGAUCAUGGUUGCUCCGUUCCAGAUGCUGGGUAACCCAUGGCAUUUAUUGGAUUUGGGCGUGGUGUGCAUGAAUGUGGCGUUUACGCUUUUCUCACAACAAACUGCUCACAUGGCAUUCGCUGUUCGAUGGUGGCGGAUUAUUCGCUUUUUGAAGUUGAUAGAGGAGGAGGCGGUUCUGGUGGAAGAACGCAUCAGGAAGCGCUUUGAGAGAGAAAUUGGGUCAACAUCCGACGCACAUCCUGCGGAUGGACCUCGCAACAACCCCAGCGAUGCAGCAGCGACGUCCUCGCCUGGACAAGCAAAAGGCGCAGCGUUAACUUCCACACCGCCUCUUGAGCGAGGCAUGAUCAUUGGCAGCGGGGUCGGCGUUGUCUGUGGCACCGUCAUUGGAGCUGCGGUUGGGGUGCUCCCAGCACUGUUCACGUUUGGCCUUUCCAUCCCGAUCUUUGCUGUCGGUGGUGGAGGGACCGGCCUUUUCGUUGGUGGUGCGACCGGCUUGGCCGGCGCUUGGGCGACUCAACGUGUCAAAGCGGACUGA